UACGCGAAUUUGUUGCGCAUGUUCAUUAUUUUUCUCCGUAUGUGAAUGCAGCCUACGGUAUUUUCUCAUAACGAUUUAAUUUUCCUCUGAAAGUGCUCUGCGGAAAUAGUAUGAUCAGAAGAUUUUCACCGGAAUAUUUUUUGUUAAACGCUGUUCGUCAGCAUCAAGAUUGCUUUGUACAUCAAUCUAUAGCAAAAUACUAUUUUUAUGAUGAAUUUAGAGAAAACUUUUAAAAAUCACUAGAAACGUAUCACCACCUAAAGGAAUAUUUAGCACCAUCGUUGAAUUUUCUGAGUAAUUAUUAACAAUUUCAAAGGCAAAAAAUAACAAAAAAAUAAAUAAAAUGAGUACGUUUGAUAAUACGCCACUUUUUGCCAAACUUCUCACAGCUGGUACAUCAGCUUGCUUUGCAGACUUUGUUACCUAUCCGCUAGACACCGCAAAAGUUCGUUUACAGAUUCAGGGGGAAUCCCGUGUUGUUGUUCAGAAUGGAUCAUUUGUUAUGUUGGAGGCAGUUCAGCAUAAUCAAAAUGGUCUUUUCGGAACUCUAACCAAUAUGAUUCGACAAGAAGGCCCAAGGAGUCUAUACAGUGGUCUUUCGGCUGGUCUCCAACGUCAAAUGUGUUUUGCGUCCGUACGCAUAGGUCUCUACGACACCUUCAAGACCUUCUACCAACGCCUACUAGACGGAAAUAGUAAAUCAACUGGCAACAUGAACAUAGGUUCGAGGGUAGCAGCUGGUAUAACCACCGGUGGUUUAGCAGUUUUCAUAGCUCAGCCAACUGACGUUGUCAAAGUACGAUUUCAAGCAUCCAUGGGUCAAUCAGAAGUUGCUUCCCCAAGAUACAAUAACGUACGUGAAGCAUACAAAAGCAUUGCUUCCAAAGAAGGUCUAAGGGGUUUAUGGAAAGGAACAUUUCCUAAUGUAAGCCGAAAUGCCAUUGUGAAUGUCUCCGAAAUUGUUUGCUAUGAUUUGAUCAAAGAUUCCUUGCUUCAUUCCCACUUGAUGUCUGAUGGCAUUCGUCUUUAUUUCAUUUCUGCCGUUAUUGCUGGCUUUUGUACUACAAUAGUAGCUUCCCCAGUGGACGUUGUCAAAACUCGCUAUAUGAAUUCAACGAAGAAUCAGUAUAAAGGUGCUAUUGAUUGUGCAGUGUCAAUGUUCGUAAACGAGGGUGCUAAAUCUUUCUACAAAGGUUUCAUUCCUUCUUUUUACCGUUUGGUUUCCUGGAAUAUAAUGAUGUGGUUGACGUAUGAGCAGUUGAAGAGCGCCGUUUUCAAGAAAAUCGAUACGCACAAGUGAAAAAAUUGAAAUUGAUUGAUAUACAUAAAAUAAUGCAUAAUAUCCUAUCUGUUUAACGGUUAUCUCAAUGUCAACACAUAUACAUAUACGUGUGUACGGUAAACAUAUAUACCAAUAUAGGUGGUGUCAACUUUA